AUGUUGGGGAAAGCUGGAGGCAAGAGACGGAGGACGGCGGGGGAUGUCCAGGGGGAAUCCUGCAGGCUUGAUUUGGCCAAAGAGAAGCUUCGCUCACAAGAUAGGGGUGAAGCAGCAGAUCAGAUUGUGUCCUAUCAAAUCAUCCCGAGGGCCAAAGCAAACGGCCCCUCCCUCGGAGGGCCCCUGUGCCGAUAUCAGCGUGUAGACCGAACCGCCCCGAGGGCCGCGGCAGCUCUUCGGCCCUGUCCCGGAGCGGCGAAGGCAGGGGAGGAGCUGACGGCGAAGCUGCUCCGAUUGGACGACCUGGUGAGGAUGGAGAAUGAUGUCAUGGAGCCGAAGAGGAAGAGGAGUUUCCCCGGCAACAGCGCCCCGCUGGACCGCCUGUCGGUCAGCUCCAUGGAGACCAAACAGGGAACAUCCAAGCAGAGUAAGGUAGUGGAGUUGCCACGGCGACGAGUCAAUCCGCCUCCCAUCGACAGGAUCGGAAUGAGUCGCCUGCCAACGAGUCGAGGAUAG